AUGGCUUCUAAUUCUUCUCUCAUCACUAAUAAUCGAAAAAGAAUCUACUAUGCACCAAAAUAUUGGCAAUUUGAUCCUAUUUAUCAAACCAAUGUGAAAUUAUUCAUUAAAGACCUAUUGAAUCUCAAGACAGUUCAGUUUAUAGAAGGAUCCAAAAUUACUCAUGGCUUUUUUUAUGGAAAUCAUCCAAUCCAAGAAGUUGAUAUAAUUGCGACAGUAACCGCUUUUGACAUAAAUGAAGGCAAAAAAUAUACUAAAUACACACUUGACGAUGGAUCAGCUACAAUUGAAUUUACAGAUUUCAAAAAUGAAGAUGGGCCGAUAUUGGAGCCAAAAUUUGAUCGUGGAACAGUUAUAAGAGUUAUUGGAAAAAUAAAAGAUUAUAACGGUAAAAGAGAAAUUGGUAACAGCUAUGGGAGAAUGUGGACCGAAAAGGAUCCAAACGCUGAGUUACUUCGAUGGUUAGAAAUUCUUACGCUAAAAAAGGAUGUUUACUCAAGACCAUUUAUUCUUCCUAAAAGAACGACAACCAUUAAUAAUGUCAGCGAUGUCGAGGAAGUACCACCUAUCUCAGAGGUGCCAGAAUCAGUUCCAAAUACUUCAAUGUCAAGUUCUCGAAUUUUCGAAAGAAUGAAAAAUUCGGAUAAUCAAUCUUCAUAUACAGAAGAAGCGUUUACCGAUUUAAUUACGCGUUAUAUUUAUAAAAAUAACUUAACCAGGUUCAGUAUAGUAAGGAUAAGACAAUCUCCUGAGUUGAAUGAAUUCGCCAAAAAAGUAGCGAUCAACCAAUAUCCAUGUCCCAAACCAAAUGGUCGACAAGUGGCAGCACUUUUCGCUAAGGCCUUAAGAUUGUUGGUGCUUGAAGGAUUUUUGAAUUAUGGGGAUUAUCAUAAAAUAUCUUAUUGUGUUGACUUGCUAUUUGUAGAUAUGGUGAGAGAAUGGAAAGUUCAAAUGUAA